ACAAACUAGCGCACAUAUCGUGUUCUCUAUUUUUAACUUUAGCAUGCUGUAUAAAUAGCAAAAUCGAUUCGUAGUGGAACUGUUAUUAAGAAAAUACACAGCCAGGAUGGAAAAUAUUUUCAUUUGUGUUGUUUGUGCUUUGGCUUUAUGCUGUUUAGCAGAGGAAUUGCCUGCAGUGAAAACAAAAGUUGGGAAAAUUACCGGAUUAAGAGAAAAUACGAAUUUUCAAGGUAAACAGUAUACAGUUGAUAGAUACCUCGGCAUUCCGUAUGCAAAACCUCCUGUUGGCAAUUUGAGAUUCAAGAAACCUGAACCUCAUGGUCCAUUUGUAGAAACGUUUCAUGCGGAAAAGUUUGGACCCGCUUGUGUCCAAUUUGAUUGGAUGGGUUUGAUUCAAAAUACGUCGGAGGAUUGUUUAUCUUUGAACAUAUUCGUCCCAGUGCAAGAUUCGGACCAAUCCACGGGGCAUGCUGUCUUGGUUUUUAUGCAUGGAGGUGCCUUUUCGGUUGGGGGAGCUGCUAUGUAUCCCGGCGAUAAUUUGGCGGCCGUCGGCAAUGUUAUUGUUGUGACAAUUAACUAUCGCCUUGGGUUACUUGGAUUUCUUGAUCUGGAUGAUCCACGUGCUCCUGGAAAUUUUGGUUUAUGGGACCAACACCAGUCUCUUAUCUGGGUGAAUGAAAAUAUUGUUAGUUUCGGUGGGGAUAAAAAUCGCGUCACAAUUUUUGGUCAGUCUGCGGGCUCUGUCGCAGUUCAACUUCAAUCAACAUAUCCUAAGAAUAAGGGACUAUUUCGUGGUGUCAUCGCUCAAAGUGGUUCUCUGACAACGUCCCAAACCGUAGUAUCGCCGCUUAACUUUAAGGAGUCGGGAAAAUUCUACGCUGAAAAAAUAGGUUGUAAAACUGAUACUGUAGACCAUGUCUUCGGAUGUCUGGUACAAGCUACUCCAGAGAAUAUUACAGAUGUUGUGAAAAACGCCGUUUUUAGUGGCAAUAUGGAUGAAAUGAUGAAGAUAGCGCUUUUUCCUAGCAUCGAUGGCGAAUUUUUGAAAUACCAUCCAACAGACAUGUGUAAAAGAGCUAGAAAUGAAACUCUUGCAGAAAUUGAAUUUUUGAGAUCUCUUAAACUGAUAAACGGUAUCACUGGAAAUGAUGGACUGGUGUUUGUACAGGCAAGUGAUGAUAUGCAAGUUACUCGCCAGGAGAUGAACAGUCAACAUAUCCCCGCUAUUGCGUCAUUGAUAUUUAAUCCUCCUAUACCUGAAGCAGUCACCGAGCUGCUUAUUUCCGAAUACACAGACUGGGAGAACCCGGAUGACCCUAUACGAUUACGCGAUCAGUACGUGAAUGCACAAACCGACACUAAUUACAAAAUUCCUCUCGUAGAAUUUAGUCAGUUGCAUGCAAAUGCUUCAAGCAGUGACAGUUACACUUAUAUUUUCGAUGCAUUAAUAGAUAAGCAUAUAGUACCAUCACCAAGCUGGAUGGAAAAGGGAAACCAUGGUGACGAGCUGGCUCCAGUUUUUGGUUAUCAUAAAGGCUACACAUCAACGUACAUCAAGGAACCAGAUUAUACAAUUCCAGAAUGGGAAGUGGAACUUUCCCGAAGGAUAAUGACUCAUUGGUCUAAUUUUGCGAAAUCUGGUGAUCCAAACGAGCCAGUUAAAAGUGUUCGUCAGUGGCCAAAAUACAACAUGGACACACAAGAAUACAUGCUUUUCGACAAGGAAGAUUCCAGUAAGCUUUAUUUAGGUGCACGUGAACUGAAGUUUAGAGAAAUCCUUACAACGGUUAGAGAAGAGGUGCUGCACGUGAAAACCGGGAAAUCAUACUUCAAGUCACAAGACAAGGAUGAAACGUGCGUGAAAGAUGGCGGCUGCGAUGGAGAAUAAGAAACAAAAACAUUUGUAACUAAUGGGUAUUAGUUAAAGAGAUUAGUACGACCUACAUUUUUCUUGGUUGUAUAGAUAACUGUUUGUUGUUAGACUCAGAUGUCUUUAAUGUUUGCUUAUAGAAAGACCCCACCUAUGCUGCUAUGCAGCUUUUUAAAUCCAGCUAAAUAAGUAAACACUAUUGAAAUAAAGGAAUGCCCUUUUUAAAUUAGUAUUGUAUAAUUGUUGCCCUUUUUAUACGCCCGUUUGAAAAACGAGACGUAUUAUGGGAACGCCCCUGGCGGGCGGCGUCCACAGACUUGUCCGGAGCAUAUCUUCUUCAUGCAUGGAGGGAUUUUUAUAAAACUUGGCACAGUUGUUUAACAUCAUGAGACGGAGUGUCGUGCGCAAGAACCAGGUCCCUAGGUCUACGGUCAAGGUCACACUUAGAGGUCAAAGGUCAAAUUCAAGAAUGACUUUGUCCGGAGCAUAUCUUCUUCAUGCAUGGAGGGAUUUUGAUGAAACUUGGCACAAUUGUUCAUCAUCAUGAGCCGGAGUGUCUUGCGCAAGAACCAGGUCCCUAGGUCUAAGGUCAAGGUCACACUUAGAGGUCAAAGGUCAAAUUCAAGAAUGACUUUGUCCGGAGCAUAUCUUCUUCAUGCAUGGAGGGAUUUUGAUGAAACUUGGCACACUUGUUCAUCAUCAUAAGCCGGAGUGUCUUGCGCAAGAACUAGGUCCCUAGGUCUAAGGUCAAGGUCACACUUAGAGCUCAAAAGUCAAAUUCAAGAAUGACUUUGUCCGGAGCAUAUCUUCUUCAUGUAUGGAGGGAUUUUAAUGUAACUUGGCAAAAUUAUUUACCAUCAUGAGACGGAGUGUCAGGCGCAAGAACCAGGUCCCUAGGUCUAAGGUCAAGGUCACGCUUAGAGGUCAAAGAAUACAAGAAUGAAAACUUUGUCCGGAGCAUAUCUUCUUCAUGCAUGGAGGGAUUUUGAUAUAACUUGGCACAAAUGUUCACCACCAUGAGACGGAGUGUCUUGCGCAAGAACCAGGUCCUAAGUCUAAGGUCAAGGUCACACUUAGAGGCCAAAGGUCAGAUACAAGAAUGACUUUGUCCGAAGCAUUUCGUCUUCAUGCAUGGAGGAAUUUUGAUGUAACUUGGCACAAUUGUACACCAUCCAUCAUGAGACGAAGUGUUAUGCGCAGGUCCCUUCUUUAGAAUUACUUCCCUUUGUUGUUACUGUAAAUAGAUUGUAUUGUAACAUUUUCAUUACUAGACGUAGGGAAAAUUCGAGACCACUUUUCUGUAGUACAACAUACAUGUUACAUCCAAUUCUGUAUUUUGACCUAUCUCUACCUGCUAAGGAUUUUUGAGUGGACUUAUUUUUUUUUUUUUUUUUUUUUUUUUUUUUUAAGAUUAACUUCCCUUAGUUGUUACUAUAAAUAACUUAUAUUGUAACUUUUUUUAUAACUGACUGUAGGGAAAAACCAAGACCACUUUUCUGUGGUACAACAUAUAUAGAUGUUACUUUCAAAUUUUAGGUAUAUUUUAAGGUAUCUCUACCUGGUAAGGAGUUUUUAUGUGGAUUUAGAUAAAAAGGAAAGAAUUACAAUAAUUACUACCACAAAAUGAAAAUUCCAUUUGCAAAUACAGGUGCUAGUGUAAAGAAAUUUGCUGUGACGGGCGUAUAUUGUGACAUUCUGGCACUCUUGUUAGUCUUGUAUUUGCCCUCUUUAGUAUUGUAUAAUUGUUUAUAUAUGUAAAAUGAAAAAUGGGUAUCAAAAGUGCCACAGUUGUCAAACUUUGAACUUCUCAUACAGAUAAUGCUUUUUAUCUAUAGUCAUGAGAAAAACAUUCACAUGAAACGUAAUACUGCCCAUGCGCGAUCUCAAAACACUGUAUUAAUACAGAAUAAAUGUAUUCUGUUCUCUUUUCAAAUUUUACUACAAUAGUUCAGGGGGGUCUUACAUUGUUCACCUGACAUUUUAUAUCGGUUUAUUAACCGAAUGAGUGUUGUGACGUUCUUUUAGCUCAAUAGGACUAAGGUCAGUAAUUCUGUCAAAAAUUUGCUUCCUUGGUAUAGUCGAAAGAAAUCGAAAGCAAUGUUCCCAUUUUUACGCAAAUUCAUGUAGAACGAGUACUUUAAUCACACGGUUUUUUCUAUUCGAAUACAUUCUGCAUGAAAUAUGACGGUUUUCUUGUUUAUACGCUCCAUAUGGCAAGUUUUGCAAAUCGAAACCGAAAGUAGAGGUUUAUUGCGCGGACAAGAGCAAAUAUGAGCCAUUUUUAGGGUAUCAGACCACAGCUGACUGGAAUUUCACUAGGAACUAAUCAACCCCCUAAUUUCUUUUCAUUUUUUCGUUAAUUUAUGAAAGAACUUUCAUGAAAAAUAGGUACAGGAAAAAAGUGAUAUUUUAUAAAGAUACGCAAAUACGAGAUGAAGCUGUCGUUUUUUUUUCUUCAAAGUUUAUAUAAAACAAAAGGAUUUAAAUUACUGACCUUGAACCAAAAGGGAGAGCACAGAUCUACGGAUCGCGGGGUUACGAUUUCGGUUCCUGGUCGGGAUGUAUGUUCUACGUGACGAUUUCAUAAAAGACAUUUUGUCUGAAACCAUUCUUCCUUCAUCUCUGAGUGUGGGGAAGUUGGCAGUUACUUGCGGAGAACAAGUUUGUACUGGUACUAAAUCCAGGUACACCGGUUAGGUUAACUACCUGCCUAUACAUAACUGAAAUGCUGUUGAAAAAAGAGCGUUAAACUGGAAACAAACAAACAAACAGUUAUGUCUCUUUGUGGGGAGGGGUGGGGGUGGAGGAGUAGAUCCCUAAAUUGAUCACAUCACAAUUUAGCCCAAAUGCUAUUAUGGUGAACACGCUGACACCCAAAAUUAGAACAGACUCUCUGUUCGUUUCCACAAGAUGUGGUUUAAAUUGAGAAAAACGAUAUCAGAUAUUUGAAUAACUUUGUGUACAAUGUUGACAUCGUCCUCAUUUAAAACAUUUUCAGAAGCUUCUGUUUGUACAUCAUAAGGAUACUAUUUGCAAAAAUUCAUAUGUCAAAAUAAAAUAUGUUUUGUUUU